AUGGCCUUCAAGCGCAAGCGCUCCGAAUCCGACCUCUUCACCUCCUUCACCUCGCCUGCCCGCUCCGAUUCGAGCAUCGAGUCCUUCGACUCCCCCGUCUCCCCGAGCCCCAUGUACCCCCGCGCCUACGUGACGCCAUCGCAUCUUCCCAGCCGCACAAUGAAGCGCUUCCGCGACAACAGACCGUCCGAGAACCACAUCCACCAACGCACCCUGAACAUGCUCUACUCCGCCCAGCAACAGCAGCCCCAACACGCCAUCAGCCAAGCCCGCGACGCCGACUCCGAACCCUCCCCCGUACCCGCCGCCGCACGCAACAUGCAAAAGUCUCUCCACAGCUUCUGGACCAUCAAGUCUGCGCCGCCGCCCAACCCGGACCCCUCCUCGGCCCCGUUCGUCGACCGGGCGGCGCUUUCCCCGAUCAGUUGUGAGGACUGCGGCACCGGCCUGGGCUCCUCCGACGGCGCGGCCGACGGGAUGGACAUCGACGACGCCUGCAGCUACGGCGCCGGCUUCGAGGCGGACCACUCCUGUGGCGCCUGCGGCAGGCAAGUCUGCUCGCACUGCUCCAUCACAAACCUCGGCGCGCAGCGGAGGUGCUUGCAGUGUGUUGGACGGACGCCCUGGGGGGCAACGACGAGUGCUUCCGGCUUAACGACCUCGUCGAUGCGCUUUUUCUAG